AUGGCUAUCAAAUCGCAUUCAGUUGCCUUACUUGUGGCCUUUGGUGUCACGACAUCUGCGUAUCCUGGCAUGCGAAAUGGAGAUUUCACCGUCCACCUACACAAACGGGCAGGUACUUCUGAUGCUCAAGUGAACCAACAACUCAUUGGCGACCUUGCACACAUCGGAGAUACAUGCUUGACCCCUGUUGGCCUUGAUGUCAAAGACAUUCUUAUUCGAUCCGGCAACGCCAUUUCGAAUGAAGCGUACAAUACGCCUGUCCCUAGUCUUGGUAGCGACGAAUGUACGCGGGACAAAUGCUGCGUAUGGAAGCAUAUUGCCGAUGACUUGGUCCUUACUUUCCACGACAGCAAGACGGGUCAAUGUACCAACCCUGCGCGGUCCGCCGUGCGUCUUGGCUUCCACGAUGCCGCUGGAUGGAGUAAAUCAACUGGAGAGCUGGGAGGCGCUGACGGUUCUCUUGUUCUGAACCCUGAAGAAAUCACGCGCUCCGCCAACAGUGGUCUGCAGGAAAUUGUCCGGCAAACAAAGGUUUGGUUCGACAAAUACAAAGAUUAUGGCAUCAGCAUGGCUGAUCUCAUUCAAUUCAACGCCAAUCUCGCAACCUUUUCGUGUCAGCAAGGCCCGAGGAUCAAGACCUUUGUUGGCCGCAAAGACUCAUCGAAAGCGGCACCCGACGGAUUGCUACCGGCGACAACAGACUCUUCGGAUUUCCUCAUUGAGCUGUUUGAGAACAAAACCAUCUCGGCGUCGGGUCUUGCCGCCCUCAUGGGUGCUCACACAGCCAGCAGACAACGUUUCGUGGACCCAGCUAGAGCAGGCGAUGCUCAAGACACGACCCCGGGUAUCUGGGAUACGUUGUAUUACCAGCAAACCCUCCGUGGAGCCCCGAAAGAAGUCUUUACGUUUCAGAGCGACAUCGUUCUUUCCAAGGAUCCUCGAUCUGGGCCUGCCUUUUCAGCCUUUGCUGAAAGCGGACAAAAUCUUUGGAAUCAAGCUUAUGCGAGAGAAUACGUCCGCCUGAGUCUGCUUGGUGUUUACAACAUCAAUACUUUGAUCGAUUGCACGAAGGCUCUGCCUACUCGCAACUGA